CACAUCCAUCCAUAUUUGGGGCUAAGAGAAUUAAAACCCGGAGACAUGUUUGUUGGUCCCAACAUCAUUAAUCAAAGUGAAAGCAACGUAUUCUUCAAAAUCACGGGAUUUCCAUGACCAAACAUUGAAGAAUGAUAUCUCCAUAUUUUGUCUACAAUCAGUUUCGGCAAAGGAACAUAUUGAAUAGACUUACCUGCCUCUCCUGCUGAUCAUACGUGCUUGGCAGUCUCUAUCAAGCAAGACAGCCAUGCAAUUGCAAACAAAACCAAACACCCAAUAAAACGAGAAUGGGCGGUGUGGAAGAAGAAGAAGAAGGAGGAUAUAAUUUUUUUGGUCAAUUGUGUAAAUGGUCAUCCAAUUAUGGAUAUCGGGGUGCGGAACUUUGAUUCGUGAAAAAAUCGUGUCAUUCAAGUUUCGGAAUAGCUAAUACGAAGGUCGACAGAUUUCCGUUCCAAUCAGAGUUUUCAUUUGACUGGGCUUUAAAGAUUAAAGUGUCAGCUCAUCUUAGGGUGACGGUCAAAAUGCUGAGUACGCGACGUGUGAAGGCUCGUGGUCUCGUCGUGAUAACUACUUACAAGGACUAUGUGAAAUCUUAUGUUAACAAUUUUGGGUGUGUUUGACAACACGUUGCUUUUGGUGCUCAUUUAGCGACUAAAAUAUUUUUCUCGAUAAUAUUAAGAACGAGGUAAGCCAAUAAAAGAAGUUCAUGUAGUGACAACUGAGGGAUUAUAUAAAAUGUUGUUGAAUUUGAUACACAAAACAGAUCAUUUAAGUUCUCCUGUAUUUUCAUAAUAUUAUUAUUAUUAUGUGUCUUUUGGUGUUUUCACAAUACAAUAUUACAAUUCCAUUUUCUGGGAUGUCACCAUUACGAUUCCUACUAACUGUAUUUUGAUAUUCACACGUUAUAUUCUUACAAUCUCAUCUACAAACCUCGCAGUUUCUCUCUUGUACUUGCGCACUAUAUUAUCACCAAAACGAAACCUAAAAUAACUCGACCAACACGAAUAGCUACAAAUGUGUUGAGUUAUUCUAAACUUCAAUGACAAAUUCGUAAAACAUCAAAGUUUAAAUGACCAAUUUUGUUUCAGUAGCGAUUCAGAAUAUUUAUGGACUAUUCCUGUAAUUUACCCGAAAAAGAAGGAAAAAAAAAAAAGUUAAAAAACCACGCCACUUCAGAGCCCGUCUUUUCUGCUGGCCGGAAAUUAGUUCAAAAAUUUCCCUCCAAACUCCUCCAUUAUAGUCUCUCCGGUCCCCCAAAACUCUCACAUCUCUGCAAUCAAUUCCUUCGCCAAACCAAAUUCUUCGAUUUUAAAUUCUCCCGUCUUGGAAAUUCAAUCACCAUUCAUGACCACCACGAAUCCAGCCUCUUCAGUUUCUCCUCCCAGUAGUUCCUCCUUCCCGGCCGCCGCCAAAACCUCCGGCCAGGUUCCGCUGCGCAUUUCUGAUGUCCUGGCCCUUCCUCAGGACGACGAACCCGAGGAAGAUUCUUUCGAAACCCACCACCAGCGUCGCGAUUUGAGGAGUUUACUGAUGGGUGAAGAGGGUUUUUGCCAAGAAGAUCGUCGCCGGAUUUCUUACUGUUCGCCGCCACCGUGCCGUCUCGUCGCCCGGUGGAUGUCCUGGAUGAAGCGGGUGAAGAUCAAGGGAAUUUCGAGGAAGUGUUGCAAGAGAGAAAGUGGGGAUAGAGUGGAAGCGGAUGUGCAGCCUAGGUGUUUGACGAAUGGUCUCAACGACGUGGGUUGCAGGAACGAGGCCUGUUUCAACGCAGGGAUUGGAGCUUGUCUUCUGUACUUAGUUGCCGCGACGAGAAGCGAGCUCGAUAGGUUCAACGCAGCGCGAGUGGAAAUGGAGACGAUCCUACGGAAUACCAAACAACUGCAGCGGCGGCGGAGCGUGGAGCGACAUGGUGGUGAUGGUGAUGUUCUACUUGAGUUCUCAAUCAGAAAGUCUGUAGUAUUAGAAGAAGAAGAUCAUGAUGAUGAUGAGUGCGAGCCCGAAUUCCCCACAAAUUCGUAUGCCUUGCCAGCUGCUUCUCCUUCCUCUUCUUCCUCCUCCUCAACUGUGGUUUCAGGUAGCAAAACCCCGAAAAGGGAGGAGUUUCUGGAAGGCAUGGAACAGCUAGAGGCGGAACUCGAAGCUGAACUUGAACUCUUGCAGCUCCAAUUGGAUGGAGAUAAGUUGAUGGAACAGUCCCAACUCUUAAGGGUCAGGAAUGGAGAGGAAACCGAAUCUUCAAAAACCUACAGCAUGACCUCAUCCGAAGAAGAUGAGGAAGAAGAAGAGGAAGUGAUCGAUCCAGAGCAUAGGGAGGCAGAUGUUGAGUGGACUAGUGGCGUCCACCCUUAUGAAUUGGCAAGUAAGCUGCACGAAGUUCUGGAAGCAAGACAGCAAGAAGAGAUCAGAGAGCUGGAAGCCGCUCUGGAAUUGGUGAAGCGCAAGCUCGUGGAGAAAGAGUUGCAGGUUGCUUGGUGGAAAGCCGUGGCCAGAGGAAGAAAACUCAGUAUCAGUAGUUCACAGUAGGUACAGAGCUAGCAUCCAAAGGUUUGAGAGGAGCUGAGAGCAUCAUUCAGUUCACGAUUCUGUUCAACAAUUUUUGUCCAGCGAAGCUCCGGUCUCGUGAGCCAUAAAGGACCGAAUCCAUAUUCCAUGGCGAACCAGUUGAAUUGCAGACAAUUCUUUUUUAUUGUAGUCAUGUAUACAGAUUGCAGAGCUGAUUGGAUAAAAGUUUAGGGCGAGUUCCGGGGAGAGAUGCUGCUUGUGUCGGCAACUUUGACGUGUUCUUGGUUUCGGUUGAUAAUCUCUAAAUGGGGAGCGUAGGCGUUUUGUCUUUAUGAAUGUAAGCAUACAAUCGGCCCCAAUUUAAUAUGUUGAAAGAAAUUGGCAAAAAAUAUAUGCUUCUAAUCAAUCAUAUGAUUGACU